CUAUGGCUCACGCCGGCCUCUCGCCAUCAUAUUUGCUCCUCACCCUCCUCCUGCUACUUCCUGUCAGCACUGACCUCUCAGAGAGUAAACUGGAUUAUGCUUUGUGGGACUACCGUGGGAAAGUAUGCCUGGACGACCGUGGGUUCGUAUAUGACAUCGGACAGGUUUUCUUCCUCAGCCACUCAGCCUGCCCAUGCACAUGCACCCUGCACGGACCCGUGUGCGUGAAACCCAGAUGUCCACGAGUCCACCCACGAUGCACGCGCAUUCGGUACAAGAGAUGCUGUCCUGUGUGUGAAUCAAUGGCUAGGAAGUGUGUGUAUGGAGGCAGGACAUACUGGGUGCUGGAGGAGUUCACGUUGUCCCGCUGUGAGCGAUGUCGCUGCGAGGCCAACCGAGAGGUCUCUUGCACCGUCUCCCACUGUCCAACCCCCCACUGUGUUGACCCAACCUAUGAGGUGCAUCACUGCUGCCCUAUCUGCAAAGCUGGUCCAAAUUGCUUUGCUGGCAGCCGGGUCAUACCAGCAGGUGAGCCGGUGAACAUUGACCAGUCAACCGUGUGCUACUGCACCCACUUGGAUGGGACAUGGCGGACACACCCGUAUGCCAUCUGCGAGAAGCUGCCGUCACCCACGGAGGCACCUGAGGCACAAACUGUGCGACCAGGUGGCAGGGAGAAUGGCUUUGUACCAAAACUCAGCAUGAUACCAUGAAGCCCUAUUUUACUUUCAUUUAGAAAAAUUAACUAAAAAAAAAAAAAAAUCUUUGAUGUAAUGUAUCUAAAAAAGACUUGUUGGCUUUUCCUUUCAGCAUUUAAUACUUCUAUUAAAGUUAAAGUUAAGUAAAGUUAUAGUAUAAGAAGGAAAAUGGGAACCACAGCAGCUGAAAUGUAGCAAGGCACAAUAAAAUGUGAUUUGUGAAGUAUUGUCAAUAAAAACUGACGUGAAAACUAUUUAACCAUCCACUGAAUUUUAUUGCGCAAAACACCCGGAACCAGCUACUAACAAAUGAAUACUUCAUUGUGUAAAUGCAGCACUCUAUGCUGUCUCUUCA